UGAGGGGAGAUGGAUUUAGAGGUGAAGGAUGUGAACGGGUCGAACUGUUUGUCCCGGAAUGAGAGUGACCGAGGACUGAGCGCUUCUUCCUCUGGAGUGUCCACUGCGCUGGCCAGCGUGCUGAUCUUCACCAUCGUGGUAGACAUCCUGGGAAAUGUCCUCGUCAUACUGUCCGUGUACAGGAACAAAAAGCUGAGGAAUGCAGGCAACAUCUUCGUGGUGAGUUUGUCCGUGGCAGACCUGGUGGUGGCAUUGUACCCUUACCCGCUGGUCCUGACAGCCAUCUUCCACAAUGACUGGACCAUGGGUGACCUCCACUGCCAGGCCAGCGGCUUCAUCAUGGGCCUGAGCGUCAUCGGCUCCAUCUUCAACAUCACGGCCAUCGCCAUCAACCGCUACUGCUACAUCUGCCACAGCCUCCACUAUGACCGACUGUACAGCCUGAGGAACACCUGCUGCUACCUGGGCCUCACCUGGCUGCUCACCGCCAUCGCCACAGUACCUAACUUCUUUGUGGGCUCGCUGCAGUACGAUCCCCGCAUUUACUCCUGCACCUUCGCCCAGACAGUCAGCUCAUACUACACCAUCUCAGUCGUGGUUAUUCACUUUCUGAUCCCGCUGCUGGUGGUGUCCUACUGCUACAUGAGGAUAUGGGUGCUGGUGAUUCAAGUGAAACAUCGGGUUAAACCGGAGCAAAGGACCAAACUCAAACCUAGUGAUGUAAGGAACUUCCUGACUAUGUUUAUGGUGUUUGUGUUGUUUGCAGUAUGCUGGGCUCCACUCAACCUCAUAGGUCUGGCUGUAGCUAUAAACCCUGUGAAAGUUGCACCCAAUAUACCUGAGUGGCUUUUUGUCACUAGCUACUUUAUGGCGUAUUUCAACAGCUGCCUCAACGCCAUCAUAUACGGACUGCUAAACCAAAACUUCCGGAAAGAAUACAAGACAAUCCUUCUUGCUCUUUGCAUCCCACGUUUGCUCCUCAUGGAGACCUCCAGGUGUGCCACAGAGGGACUGAAGAGUAAACCUUCACCGGCUGUAACAAACAAUAAUAUAGCAGAGAUAAAUGUAUAAACCGGUGCUUGACUGGAAAAUUUAGAUUAAGGUCCUCUGGAACCUCAUCGUGGAUGUGUGACAUGAUUCACCCUGUGCCUUUUGGAAGAUGUGUACCAUUUUCAUGUUGUAAAGAUGCAAUCAUGUUCGGAGAGGACACCGCUGCUGUCAUAGUCCUUUGUCAGACACUGUUGGGAGGAAAAUGUUCAGUUGUGUCAUCAGUACAUUGUGCUUGUUUGUGGCAACCUCCUGGCCUUCUAUUUAAAGACAGACACAGUGGUAAAAAGUCAGUAAAUAAUUACUCGUCAUCAAAAAGCAUUUUGACCAUGGAGGGUAGUCAUUAGGAGGGUAGUUAUUGUUUGGAUGGAAGACUUCACUAAUCAAGCCACAUCCCAACAUGUGUACAUGAACAAGAGAAUGACUCGAUCGAUUACGAGUAUG